AUGGUCAGCGACGCUUCUGCUUCUGCUGGGCGUGUGGGGACAGCAGACUUUGCUGCUGUCGCUCCAGAGUCACAACUGUUUGCGCCAUCUCUUCCAAAGAGCUUCUCGGAGAGCGAUAUGGAGGACCCUAACGCAGCUCGUGGAACCGACUUAGCCGAUGAUCAGCAUCUUAAGGCGCCUUCCACUACAGCCGGGGCAUCAAAGUCUGGAGACGUCAGUGAUGACAGUGCAUCAUCAUCAGUAGACUCAGCAGCGACUGCUCCCGAGAGGUCCAAAUCCAAAUCUAGCGGUGAUGCGAUUUUCUCCAUUCUCGAUGCAAGCGAGUCUAAUACUGGAGCUUCUACCCCUAAUGCCAUGUCCACACAAUCCUCGAAGCAAGGACAUCUAGCCGUCGAGGAUGAAGAAGAAGACCCGGGAGACAGGCGAAUCAAAUUCAGGUCUGCUACCGACCUGGAGGCUGCUGGACGAAACCCUAGCACAGUCGAGUUCCAAUACCGUCAACAUCCCAGGCACACUCGUAAUGAAUCCUUCAGCUCACGUCGAUCUGGAAGCACAGAAAUGCCGCGCAGCCAGGUCAAGAGAUCACAAACUUUCCAGGACGACGCCCCUGGUCUAUUGCCUUCUUUCACUCAAUCCGCCGAUCAGGGUAUGGGAACGAGGUCCCGCAGACUUUCAACCAACAUCCCUAACGAAUUCCCUAUUGAAUGCUGUCCUCUGGAAAAGGAGUUCAAAACAUCCUCUCGAAUGCCACUUAGACGACCAAAGCAGAUUGGCGAAGGCGGUUAUGCGUGCGUCAAACUCAUGAGACGACGAGGUGAGACACCAGACCAUCUCUACGCUGUCAAGCAAUUCCGGGGACGUGACUCGUGGGAGACCGAGGACGAUUAUGUGAAAAAGGUCAAGUCCGAGUACUGUAUCGCCAAAUCUUGCCACCAUCCCAACAUCAUCGAGCCAGUCCGCCUCUGCUUCUCUCACGGUAUCUGGAGCGAAGUCAUGGAGUAUUGUCAUAAUGGAGAGCUUUUCGGACUUCUUGAGAAGAAAUACCUCACUAUCAACGACAAAUAUUGUUUCUUCAAGCAGCUGCUACGUGGUGUCGACUACCUCCACAACCAUGGGAUAGCUCACAGAGAUCUGAAACCCGAAAACAUCAUGCUUACUAGGGAUGGAUGUGUCAAGAUCAUCGACUUUGGAUUGAGCGAGAUCUUUAGUGGUCCCCAUCCCAGUUUCCGAAUUGGCAUGGACGUGGAGGCAUUCAAGGUUGAUCGUGUUAGGUACUCGCAGCCGGCCAUUUUCGGCUCUCAACCUUACAUCUCUCCUGAAGUUAUGGACGCAAAGGAUGCAUAUGAUCCGAGAGGUCUCGACGUCUGGUCAUGCGGUAUCAACUUUUUGAGCAUGGUCUUCGGCGUACACCCAUGGGUAAAGGCCACACCCGAUAACACGAACUACAAGAAAUACCUCAAUGGUUGGAACAGAUGGCUCAAAACCCAUCCUGACGGAAACAUCGAACCCGGGUCAGACGAUUACCCAGAUUGCGGCAAACUCUUCCACCUUCUCAACAGCAAUUCUCUCGAACGCUUGGUUUUGAGAAUGCUUCACCCCAACCCAGAAAAACGCAUUACUAUCGCCGAAGCGCUCGCAUCAGACGUGGUCCGUAGGAUGGACUGCUGUCAACGAGUAUCAUACGAAGAGAAUGCGCCAACCAACGUCAAACAUGACCACACACCACCGGCGCCGCUCCAGAAGGACAGUAACCCCGUCAAGAAGUGGUUGCACGAGCGAAAGGAGUCGAGCCGUAGUGUGUCAAAGAAGUGA